GUCAGAGGCAAUUGGAAUUGUCAUCGGUUAUUGUGCUUACUGAAAAUUUCGUCAUAGACAUAACUACACAUUUAAGGCAAAUAAAAAGCAUUUAAAAGUUAAGAAAAGCAGAAAAGAAGUUAACAAACCCGUAGUAAAUUUACAGACUGAAAAUAAGAAAAGUAGAAACGUUAUUUUAGAACGAUUUUGCAGCCUCUGUGUCGCUUGCAAGCGCCAUGGCAAAAGUACAUAUUACAAACGUGGUCGUAUUGGACAAUCCCAGCAGCUUUUUUAAUCCCUUUCAGUUUGAGUUAACGUUCGAGUGUAUUGAAGAACUGAAAGAGGAUCUGGAAUGGAAAAUGAUAUAUGUUGGUUCUGCUGAGUCAGAGGAGUAUGAUCAAGUGUUGGAUACGAUAUACGUAGGUCCCGUACCAGAAGGCCGUCACAUAUUUGUCUUUCAAGCGGAUCCUCCCGAUGUGACGAAAAUUCCAGAACAAGAUGCUGUAGGCGUGACGAUAGUAUUGCUUACUUGCUCGUAUCGUGGCCAAGAGUUUGUUCGCGUUGGAUAUUUCAUUAAUAAUGACUAUGCAGACCCCGAAAUGCGAGAAAACCCGCCGCCGAAGCCUCUGUUUGAUAAACUUACACGUAAUAUAUUAGCAACAAAGCCGCGCAUCACCCGCUUCAAAAUAAAUUGGGAUGACGCACCCUCUAAUGGACUACUGAACGGUAAUGGGCAAUUAAAUGCGCAUGCGAUGGACGAUAGAGAUGACGGCGCUUCGACUUCGGCAGCGGCGGGAGCAAUGAGACCUGGAUCAAACGGUAAUGGGUUUAACAGUGCUGGUUGCGAAUCGAUGGACACACCAGAAGCAAUUUGCGAUGAUAAUAGUCUGAACAUGCCAAUCGAAAAUGGUGUUACUGCACUUAAUGAAAAUUCGAAUUCGCUUGCCAUGGAGUGCUAGGAUAUUUCUAGUUUACCUAAGUCAUUCUGUUUAUAUCAUCCUGUUUACAAGUAUUUUUGUACCUAAUAUCUGUCACACCACAACCAAUUAGUAAUGCAUAUGCAUCGGCCUGGAAAUAUCUCAUUGUUUUUUUCUCAGUUGUCGCUAAUUCAGCUUUUUUCGGUUUAUAAUUUAGGUUUUUUUUUUGCAUUUUCGCUAAUAGAAUUAUAGUUUAUUGAAGAUGUUUAGUAAUCUAAUAAGCUAAUUAAUGAAAAUUAAUUUAUAAAUAUAGACAACUUUAAUUAUAAUUAAAAUCUAUUUAUAAUUAAAUGUUAUCACUUAAUAUGUAUAAAAGAAUGUUGUCUCUGCUGAGGGAUUGGUACUAUGACACAUGAAUGCACAUUUUCUAGAAUUAGUUGUUAUUGUGUUGUAACAUUAAUAUGCCCUAAAAAUUUGUUGGGGAAUGCUGAUGAAGUAACAAUCCUGAUGAAGUAACAAUCCUUGGCGGGCUGUAAAUCCGGGUCGUAGGAACGUGGUGAUGGCUGACUAAGAGUGCCGUUAUCCUAACAGCAAAAGCUCCUAAACACUUUUUGGAGUUGUUGUAUCAGCAUAAACAUUCCCCAUACUUACAUACGGGGAAUGCUGCUGGAGUUACAGUCCUUGGCCGGAUAUAAAUCCGGGUCGUUUCGGUAACGUAGAACCGACUGUUAUGGAAACGGACAUUUUUUGGAGUGUUUGUCCUUGCUGAUAUAAAAUCGGGUUAUUCCGCAUGGAGAUCGAGAACUUGGAAACGUUGAAAGGAUGGGUUGCCUGUUGAAUGGGUUUUAUUAAUUUCCAUCGUUUUAUGCAUAAUGUCGAUUCAUGAUUCAAUUAUUAAAGGUUUGCUCACUUGUGAAACUCCCUUACAAAAGGUCUCAUGAUAGAAUCAUGGAUAAAAUGUACAGGAUGUAUUUUACAAUUUAGCAGGAAAUUAGAGUUGCACAUCGUAAACUAGCCCUGUCUAGUGAACCGCUUUUCAGUUGCACAGUGUGAAAUUAUCAUAUUAAUAUUAGAAGCACGAAAUGGCUUGUUGACCAUUUUUCCAAAAACAGCAUUGAGAAGGCGCAUUAAGUGAAACAGCACGUUUCCUGGGCUUUACCGAUGGAUUGGUUAGACGAUGGCAAUCGGUAACUAAACUGCACUGGCAGGGCCUAGUGAAAUGCUGAAACAACAACAGCAUUAACCGUAACAGUCAGUUCCCCGUUUUCGAAGCAACCCGGAUUUAUAUCUGGAGUAGAACAUUCAUGUAUGGGGAAUGUUUAUGAUGCUACAACAACGACAGCAUAUAACGAAGAAAGAGCAAGGACCGUGCAGAGAGAAGUGAGGAGUGUCACCUCGUUUAAAUAAUAUUUAAAUACAUUAAUAUUUAUCCAUAUUAUUUUGUAAUAAAAUAUUUACACUUUUUAA